CUAGCGAAGAAGUUGGCAUGCAAGAGCCAUGCGGGGGUGCAGGGCGAGGGGUGGUGGUGGUGCGGGGGUUGCGCUUUGCCCCGCUUGGGCAGGACGGGGGGGCUCUGCCGGGCCUGAAUGGGCGGGAUGCCGCUUUGAUUUAGGGCUGAGUUACGAGUGUUAGAUAGACAAAGAGUCAAGACUGGAAAUCCGUAGGGGGUGCCUCUUCUGCCACCCCCGUGCCUGCCUGCCUGCCUACGUUCUGGCACCUGCCCGUCGUUCCGCCUCGACCGCUCAUUUCCAACGAAUAAAAUGAAACGGUGGGCAGCCCGCUCUUCUUAAUGUCCCUGCCCGCUGGGGUUUCCCAUUUUCCGUGCAAUGCCGCAGAAGUGGGACCCCUAAUACCCCACUCUUCCAUUGCCUCCGUGUGUGUGUGUGUAUGUGUGUUUCUGCCUUGCUGUUGCCCCGCGGGGGAGACGGGUUGGGGAGACAGGAUGAAGCCGGGAGGGACGAAGACCUCUCGAAGCCCCGAGAUGGAGGACACCCUCUGUUGCUGCGAGUACCUGGACCGCAACGGGCAGAGGAGCCACCUGGCGGCCUGUUGCUGCGAGUGCGACGACCUCGACGAGUGCUGUGAAAGGUGGCUGACUUGCAAAUCUUUGCCCCCGGGAAUAUUAGAGAGAAUUGCAGACACCUUCACGGACCGCUUUCGCCUCCCAUGGCUUAGGGGGGCUGUAAAGAUCGAUAUCAGCCUCCUUCCACCAAUCAUCCUGCUGCCUGUUUUCCUUCACGUAGCAGCCUUGCACUUCCUCUUGGCUCUUGUCAUCUUGAUAUCACUUCCUGUACUGGUGCUGUGGUAUUACUACCUUACGCACAGGAAGAAGGGUCAAACUCUGUUCUUCUUGAGUUUGGGACUGUUCUCCCUAGGCUACAUGUACUACAUUUUCCUCCAGGAAGUGGUUCCCCGGGGCCAGGUGGAACUCAGCCAGGUGAUUCUUCUCACCUGUGGCUUAAUCCUCAUGCUUGUGGCCCUGUCUCAAGCCAAGAGAGACCCUGGCUAUCUUCUGUGCCAAAUGAGCAGUGACAAAGCACUUUGCCAAGGCAGCAGCAGCAAUAAUAACAACAACAAAUUAAACAGAAAUGGCCUGGGAAAUUCCAAUGGGCUUUACAGAGAACCUGUCUCUGGCGUUGCUAUGAACAGUAACACGGAGGGCUAUCCCAGAAUGUUGGCAGAGGGGCCAGGUAGGGUCACAGAGGACUGGUGCACCAAGUGCCAGUUGGUUAGGCCAGCUCGAGCUGGGCACUGCCGGAUAUGUGGCAGGUGUGUGAAGAGACUGGAUCAUCACUGUGUCUGGAUUAACACCUGUGUUGGGGAGGAGAACCACCAAGCUUUUGUUCUUACACUCACCCUUUUUCUGAUCACCUCAGUAUAUGGGAUUUCUUUGACGCUGGACACACUGUGUAAAGGAAAAUCAACCAUCAAAGCACUGUUCUACUGUCCUGGCGUAUAUGGAGACUACAGUUCUGCCCUAUCAUUCACCUGCGUGUGGUACUGUGUUAUUGUGACCUCUGGCAUGGGCUACAUCCUUCUCAUCCAGCUCUUCAACAUCAGCUACAAUGUGACCGAGAGGGAAGCUCGGAUUGCUUUGCGGGAGAACACGGGGCGAAGGCUGUUAUGGGGCCUGGUAGUCGACACAGGCCAAUACAAUAGGGGCUUCCUGUGCAACUGGGUCCAUUUUUUGACCUUGCACUCAUCUGCUGUACAGCACUCCAGUGAGGACAUUGUGUGAUGCAUCUUUGCCAAUCACGUUGGGAUAAAACAUACAUUAUUCAUUUAAUUGUCUUCAUCUUCAGACACUUUGAGCAAAUAGCUCUCAUCUACUAGAGACAGAGAAGCAAAACGGAGUCUCGUAAGAUGUAUCGUGAGGUGGAACACAAUUUUUACAGAAACAUGCUGUACAAACAUUGGCAGGAAAGGCCCAAGUAUGAAGAUGAUUCAACAUACGUGUUCCUCAUUUGAUGCCUGCAAUGUUUUAUGAUGUACAUGUUCACAGACUGAAUUCCACAAAGGGGACUUUUGUAUCCCCUGAGGUGACCUAAGGUUGCUUGCUUUUCUGUGAAGGUUGUUCAUAGACUGAAGCUAUUAGGCCGUUCUCUGAUGUACACAAUUGUGUGAACCAGCCAGUAGAAGGACAUGCUGCUGUUCAGGGUUGCGUUCAAAUGAUCGAGUCAUAAUUGUCAGGGCAUUAGCAAGAUACUACUACUGAGUUUACUUGCCCCAAUUCCUGUCUAAUACCUUAUAUUUUAAGAUACUGCUUCUUAAAAUAUAGGGCAGGCACACCAGAGCAUGAUAGAAGAAGCCUUAGUAUAAAGGUGGGGUGGGAAUGGGAAGGAACUUCCUGUAACUCAUAUAGCAGGAUAAAUUCUAUUCCCAGUUGCUGAAGUUUAACAUCCUGUCUGCUGAAACUACUAUGCUAAUUAUAACACAGCAUGUCAACCAUGAAGUGGGCAGAAAGUAGAUCUGGAUCUACUUUUAGAGUUUAGUGGUGGUUUGGCAGGUAUAUUUGAUUUCCAGUUGUUUAACAGGAAGCAGCCAUGAACUGACUCAAGUCAAUCCUAAAUCAUCAUCAGUCGGAUGGAAAAGACUUUGUAGGCAUGGAUCAACCAGGACUGCAUUUUGGCAUGGAAGGACAAACAAAUUCCUGGGCUCAGAAUGCUUUUUUAUUAUUCAAAAGUGUGGAUCUUGAGGUUCAAAUAAAAGAUAGGAGAUCUUGCAAGCUUAAAACCUCAUCUAAUAAGAUAUAACCCGUGGUAGCUGUAUACAAGGAUUCCCUCUGAUUCUAGUAAAGAAGGCUGUGGUAUUCAAGAAGUAAGAGUAGGUUUAUUAAAGGUUUGGGAAGAAAUUGAGUUUAUAUUAAGUGACCUAAUCAUAAUGUGCCAUAGCUUGUGAAGUAUGAAUGCCUUGCUAUAUUACACAUGCUAUUGGGUUUUAAGCGGUGGUGAUGGGUUGGAUUAAGAAGAAUUGUUCUGCAUUUCCAUCCACAUGCAAAAAACAAACCCUAAACAAAGUUUAGUUAAAUUUUUACAUUUCUUCAUCAUUAGAAUAAGAAAUACUUAAAUGAUUCAGCUGAGUGCCUUUGGUAACAGGGUGGUUCUGUAUAUUGUAGAUACAUUUAUUAUAUCAAAAGCUGUGGUAGUUUUUAUUUCAGAAUUACAUACUGCCACUGUCAGAAAAACAUUUGGUGUGUGUUUAAAAUUGAAAUUUGUAUUGCUAACAGCAAUCUUUUGAGAUAUGCACAUCCAAAAAUAUGCUACAGCACAAGACACAUGUUCAGUAUUGGUCAUAAUCACAUAGUAACUUAUAAUAAAAGGAAAUUAGGAAUUGAUAAAACUUGCAUGGAAUGUAGAUUUGCACCUUUUACUAUUCUUUAUGGGCCAUUAGUUUAAUAGUGCUUUAAUCCAUGCCUUAAAAUAGAUGGGGAGCAUGUGGUCCUCUAGAUUUUCUUGGAUUGCAGUGCCCUUCAGCUGUAGCCAAUUAUAAUCAGCAGCAAAGGAAUUUGUAGGACCACAUGGUCUCCAUCUCCUGCUUAUUGCCUUGUCAUAAAAAUGAUUUGGACAAUCAAGUACCAUUUAACAGUGCUGUGGAUUGUAGGAGAGGUAGCUACAUUGUAUUAGAAUCACUGGUAGGCUUUGAUUGCAGGAUUCUUGAAGAAAGAAUUAGCUUUUUUACAUCUAUUCCUCUUGUCUGCAGAGGGGGAGGUUGUUUUAGAUUAUUCUCUGUAAUGGUCUGGCUGCUUCAGUUUCGUACCUUCAGUUUUAUAAUUCAG